AUGACGCAGCGGCGCCGCGACUUCGAGGAGAAGGCCUAUCCGCGGGCAUCUACUCUCGAGCCAAAUCGAUUGCCCAGGAGGGGCCGCCGCGGUGGCUGGAUGCAAAGUCCACAGAGGGGAGUCGCCAAACUGGACGGCACCAACUCUGCACAGCGUGCGUGGUGGGAUGAGCGCGAGGCCUCCAUCGAUGACAGCUUCGUGGCAAAGCUCCAGGAAGCCCCGAAGGGUGACUUGCAGGAACUCUUCGAUCAGCACCUUUCAGAAAUAGAUGCGCUGAAAGUGUCCAUGCCCCGAGCCGAUGACUUCCGGCUGCCCCACAUCAAGCAGCUCGUGAAGACCCCGAAAUCCAACCCUGUGCACGAGGCCACGGUCGCGUCCAUGCCGCUGCAGGCACCGGAGGAGACAGCGGUGCCGAGCUUUGUGCCCGAGUCGCUGGAUCGACGCCAGAGGCGACGGCGCGGUCGCUUCAUGGGCAGCCCAAACCCCUCCGAGCCGUCCAAGUCUGUGUCUGGUCCGCCGCUGCGAGGUGCCUGGCCCGAUGAGCUGGACUCGGAAGACUCUGAAGACUCCGAUGAGGAGGCUACGCAUUCUAAACCUCCUUCGCCUCUCUCACGCGAAGGCCGCGGGGGGCGCCGGUCAGCAAGAAAGGCGCGCGAGCCUGAAGUCAUGGCCUCGAAGUCUCUGGAGGACUUGGAAGACUUCUCGGAGCCACCGGAACCCAUGGAGCCGGUGCGUACGUGCGAGCUGGGAGAAACUUUGUGGAGCAACUUGGGAGCUUCCUGGGUCGAGUACAACCAGUGCAUUGUUCCCAGCGUUUUUCCCCAAGAGGAUGCAAUGGCGACAGGUGCCACAUUGGAGGCUUAUCGCCACACGCGGACCUCAGCUUCCCUUUUCGAUGUCUCCUUCAAAGUCUGCUUCCGCAUUACAGGAGCAGAUCGAGAGUUCGUUGCAGACCAAUUUCUCACUUGCAGUCUCACGGCAAUGCGAGCUGGCGACGUGCAAUACGCAUGUAUCCUGGAUAGCAAAGGUCUAGUCUUGGAUGAUGCCUUCGUAUACCUUGAUGAUGCCGUGAACAUUUUGGCUUCUGGCUGGCAUGCAAAGCAGCUGCUGGAGUAUCUUGGCCAGUACAUACUCUACGUGCGACGGUCUGGUGCAGAUGUUUCUUUCGCGUCCAGUGGCAGCUCGAUCCUCGCACUACAGGGCCCAAAAUCUUGCGAGGCCCUUGUGCUGGCACUCACCCGGUGUGAAAUGGAGCUCUCAGCGCUUGGCGAGGAGGUCGCUUUGGCGCCAGAGGUUUUGGAGGACAUGCCGUACAUGAGCGCCCUGGCGCUCAGACCGCCGCUCUCGGCUCCCCGACAAGUUUCCGGCACUUCCGGGCACGUGGCUCGCGUGGCUCUACUGCGAGUGGGCAGCACAGGUGAGGAUGGCUUCGAGCUUGUGGGGCCUUCUUCACUGCUCGGGAGCGUGGCCAGGGCAUUGUUGGCGGAGCCCUUGGUCAGGCCUGCAGGCGUAUACUGCCUGGACAUCCUUCGUAUGGAGGCUGGCCUUCCUCGCGUGGGCGCUGAUAUCAGCUCCGGCCUCCACACGCCGAUCCGCGCGGCUCUGGCAUGGACCCUGGACCAGGCCAAGAUGAGGAGCCACCUCAUGUUUGGCUGGCAGAAGCUUUUCUUCCAGCUGGCAAAGGGUCCAAAGUUUCGGCGAGUUGGUCUGUUACUGGAUGGGCCGGGGCACAGUGGGUGCCGCCUUCUCUCCAACCCCCAUCGCCAGCCGAUAGGGGUGGUCACUUCAACGACCUGGAGCCCACACCUCCAAUGUAGAGUUGCUCAGGCCUACAUUCGACCCGAGUACGCCAAGGCCAACAAACAUGUCCUCCUGACGGUCCCAUACAAUUUGCCAACCUGGAAGAUGCGCAAGAAGGCCAUCAACCACUGGCUCCGUGCGGGUGACCUACGUAGCGGCUACCGGCGCCUGGUGGCCGCCUGUGUGGUUCCUUUGCCCUUCGUCCCGCACCGCUACCCUGAGCCGGCGCGCCAGCGCCGGCGUGCUGCGCGACCUCGCGCGGCUGGCAAGGAGGCCGUGCAGUUUGCAGCUGUGGAGCCCGCCUCGCGAACAUCGCCUCGAACACAGAGCACCUCCACAGGUGAGGAGCUCAGGGAACGCUAUGGGCACGCCAGCUCUGAGAGGCAAAGCGACCUCUCCGGCGUGUGA